UAAGGAGAAGAAUGAUAUUUUGAAAUCCAAAACUUCUUUACACUCAUCUUGAAAUUUUUCCUUCCAAGGGGAUAUUUUAGUAAAUGUAUGUGGAGAUGGAGAAUAAGAUUGUCAAAGGGACACGUCAUCAAUGAUCCUAUCCAUGAUCCAUGUUAGUUAGCUGGUGAGAGUGAGCAGAGAGCAGAGUGUGGGGUGGUAAGAAAGAAUGGCCAUUUCAAUGAUUUCAUCGACAUUUUCUUCUUUCAAGCUCACUUUCCUUCGCCCAUGCCAACUUCAACCUCUUACUUUCACUUUCCCAUCUUCUUCUGCUAUAGCUCAACCUCUCCCACUCAGGUUCGCUGCAAAAAUUCACAGCGUUGGAAUUGGAAGAGAAGGUGCACCUUCCGAUCCUAAGGCCGGAAUUUCGCUUUACAAACCUAAAUCCUACCAAGUUCUCGUCAACGAUGCUGCAAAUUCCCUAGCUUUCGCGCUUCAAGACGGAAAAAUUCGUCUCGAAAUCGAUUUCCCGCCUUUGCCCACCAACGUGUCUUCCUAUAAGGGAUCCUCAGAUGAGUUCAUUGAUGCCAACAUUCAACUUGCCUUGGCUGUUGUAAGAAAGCUCCAGGAGAAAAAGGAAACCAGAGCUUGCAUAGUAUUCCCUGAUAAACCAGAAAAGCGCCGAGCCUCUCAAUUGUUCAAAACAGCUCUAGAUUCCAUUGAUGGCAUUACCAUAGGUUCCUUAGAUGAUGUCCCAGCUGGACCUAUGACUUCGUUUUUCAGAUCUGUCAGGAACACCCUUGAUUUUGACUUUGAAGAUGACAACGAAGGUCGUUGGCAAUCCAGUGAUCCUCCAUCAAUCUAUAUAUUCAUUAACUGCAGUACUCGUGAACUUGCAUAUAUAGAGAAGUAUGUGGAUAAAAUUGCUACAUCAACCCCAACACUUUUAUUUAAUCUUGAACUAGAUACACUACGUGCUGAUUUAGGCCUUCCAGGCUUUCCUGCCAAAGAUUUGCACUACCGCUUUCUUUCUCAAUUCACUCCGGUUUUCUACAUCAGAAUCCGAGAGUAUUCAAAGACAGUUGCAAUAGCGCCAUAUAUUGUCAAUUAUUCUGGAGCCGUGUUCCGCCAGUACCCAGGUCCUUGGCAGGUGAUGCUUAAACAAGCAGAUGGUUCUUAUGCAUGCAUAGCAGAAAGUGCUGAUCGGUUCAGCCUUGGUGAGGCCAAAGAGGAGUUGCUAAGGGUCUUGGGGCUUCAAGAAGAAGAGGGGAGCUCUCUAGAAUUUCUUCGAAGGGGCUACAAGGCAAGCACGUGGUGGGAAGAAAAUUUUGAUUCAGAAGUAUCUUCUGCAUGGCGGACUUGAGUAGUACAGUGUUAGCAGAGAUUGUGUUUUUUUAGUGUGUUGGUAUGUAGUGGUCAAUGGAUGUGCUCACAUAUAUUCAAGGAAGAUAAUUUAUUUUUAAUCAGUAAUAUCCUUAUUGUGUUUGAUAA